AUGCAGCUUAUCCAGAAUGUGCCAGUAUCACGCGUUUUCCCGUGGUCCAAUGGCAAGGCGCGCAACACGAUGCAGUUGCAUCGAUCUUUUAUUGAAUCCGAAAACGAGAGUCGAAUCAACUGGGACAGUACGACACAAGUGCUCGUCGUUAAUACGGAUACACCGAAUCAAUGGGGCGAGUACCGGGGAUAUCGGGUCAUGCCUAACUCGGGAACGGCGCACCUUACGGUGCUUAACUCGUCAACCCUUAUGAAUGCGGCGCGCUGGGCCGAGUAUGACGUGCAAGUAACGAGGCAGAAGGACACCGAGCCUUCUUCAGCUCACCCGUACAACUCACAAGACGUGAACGACCCGCCAGUCAAUUUUGAGCGCUUUUUUGACGACAGGGAGUCGCUGAUGCAAGAGGACCUGGUACUUUGGUUGAACCUUGGAAUGCACCAUGUGCCGCAUACGGGUGACUUGCCUAAUACCGUUUUCACCACGGCCCACUCAGGCAUUACAUUCAUGCCAAGUAACUACUUCGACAUCGAUCAAACCCGCCGUACAGUCAACAUGGUGCGCAUUGAGUACUCGAGCGAUAACACUACCGCCGUGGAAACAUUUGGGCAGAGUGAAGCCACAUGCAGCUUUGAAGCCAAACCCGUCAAUCUUUGGGAUUACAGGGGUGAUGUUGUAGUGAAGAAGUUUCCUUUCCAGCCGGAUAGCCCCUCCUCUUUGUUCGAGGAGAAGUAG